AGUUCAAUCAGAUUAUGAUGAUUUCCUCUCAAAUCUCCAAAAGACUAGUUACCCCUUCUGUAACUAACCUACAAAUUCACUUCGCUUGUUUUUCACUUCUCCCAUUUGGAGCACACAAACCACGCUCCAAUGUCCCGGUUACUCUCAGCCAAAGAAGAUCUGUCGAACCAACAAAUUCUCUCUUACCACGAAUCAAAUCUAAAGCUAUAUCAAAUGCCUGGUUUUCUUUCAAGCAAAUAUUUCCAAAACAUCGGGUCGGUGUGGGUAAGAUCAAGCUAAACGAAGGCGAGAAGAUGUUCAUGAAAAUGUACAGUAAAGAUGAACACGACUUGAAAGGAAGACAGCACCUGUUUGUGGGACACUACCUGUGGCUGGGGUGUAUUGGGAGUCUUUUUGUUACUUCUGAUCUCUUUCUUUUUGAUAUCAUCACGCUGGUAUCUAUUGUGUUAUCUCUUGGUGUUGUUAAUAGAAAACUUCAUAAGAAGUGCACGCCGUAUGUUCUAGAAGUUGUGUUAUUACCAGGUGAUCACGUGCGAGUUAGGAAUUUGACCUGGUAUGGGGGAUCCAAAACAAGGGUCAUUCCUGUGGAGGACUGUAAUUUUGGGGAUCUUGAACAUUUCACUCGGAUUAGUGGGGAGGAGUUUAAAGUGUUGUUUCCUAAAUCCAUGUUGUUUAUAGACGAAUCAGAUUUGAGAAAGUAUGACUUGCACGAAAAAGAGAUGAGACAUAAAAGGUAUAUCUCACCGUUUUCUGAUAUUGAUAAAGUGCACAGUUCGAAGAACUUAUUUGGGACGAAGAGAGUUAUUCAAGAACUACAUGACGAUCAGUCAGAGUUUGUGAAAAUAGCAAAGGACGAAUCAUUACAGACAGACACAAAUAUCGCUGAUAAGGGUUCAUGACCUCUUCAAAUUGGUCCGUGCAUUAUUUGGUAUUUUUAUAAUUUAUUUUCGAAAAGUGUUUUAUAGCUAUUUUGACUUUUGAGUGAUACUGUUGAUAAAUCUGUGGUUGCUUAAUAUAAUGUGAUUAUUGUUGUAGUUCCAACCAAUAAAAAGUAUUGAGAUUCAAACGUUAGCACGCUGUAUUUAAUAUUAGCAAUUAGCAUCCAUAAUAUCAUCAUUAUCCAACUUUUUAAAAGCAGUUUCCAUGUGGUUAAUAAUAUAACGAAAUGUAUAUUAAAGCACCUUUAGCUUUAUGAGUACUUACAACUGUUUUUUUUAAUUUUUUAAAAAAAUGUUAUUUAAUUUUUUUCUUUAAUUUUUUACCUCCUACAACACUAGGUAUAGAAAAUGGCAGCUCAAUCCUUCCACUGUGUGCUCUGUCAGGACAGCUAUCUGACUGUGGAGGACUUCAAUAACCACGAGAAGCAGGAACUUCAUAGGAAGGAGUUUGAGAGGAGGAUGGAUGGCACAUCUAUAGGACUGUUACUGUGCAAGUGUUGCUUUAUAUCAGUCCAGAAUCUCAAGUCAUGGGAUGAGCACAUCAAAUCAAAGGGCCAUGUUAAAUUAGUGACACAAUCCGAAUACUUGGGGAAGAGGUGUGUCUGGAGCGUACCGGGAGUAAAGAUGAAGGACGGCUCUAUUAAACUCUGUAAAGACAUGAACCAGCUAUUUGACUGCGGGUGGAAGGAUCCGGACUAUGUUAACAAAGUCACUAAUCAAAGUCUUCUGGAGAGUGACCUGAUUAUUGGUAUGAACUGCAUCUCUCUAAAGUCCAUGGUUAAUGACCUGCCCCUCUACCACUGUUCUCUGUGCUGUGUGGACUUCCACCAUAACGAUAGGAAUCACGUGAUAGGUAGACAUCAUAAGAUAAACGUUGUGUGGAACUGGGAAAAAAAGACUGCUGAUAGAAUCGCUAAAGGACUCGACUUUCCAAAACCAUCCACUAGAGCCAAGGCACAAGCAGAAUUGGAUGAGGUCACAAAGAAAAUCUUCAAGAUGGAGCAGGAUUGUUUAGAUGACGACCAAUUUGAUUUGUACCAAGUGAUGUCCACAAAAAAACUACCCAACGAUCUCGGAAAAACGCCAGUUAAUCGCCGUCCGUUGAUGCCGACAGCCUCAACAGCUGACGAGCGUUCCAAAUCAAGUGACGAGCCUGACCAGAUAAUAAAUGUGAGGUCCCGUUCUCGUACUCCAACAGAACCGCCUAAUAAGAAACCAAGGGAUGCCCAGGCUGCUAAACCCCUUCUUCCUAAUCCUCACUCCAAACCUCUGACUAAAUCUAAACCCCAGCCUAAACCUCACCUCAAUCCACAGAUCAAACCAACAGAUGAUAUUCAUCAGCAUCAGGCUAUAACCAUACCCCCACCCAUGCCACUACCUAAGAUAUCCGCAAUACCGGGCGAUGUUCCAUCAUCUGUUGACAUGAACUCCUUCUCUACCCCCUUCCCGGAAGUGGAGGAGGAUAUUCCUUCUGAAAUCAGAGCUGAGAUUGAGCUGUUUGAUUUAAUGGAAGAGUUACAAUUAUCUGGAAAUUUCCAACCUCCAGAGACUGCAAAAGCAGCAGAUCCUACUAAAUUUUUGAACAUACUGUUUACACUUGGCGAGGGUUUGCUGGAGUAUCAGACUAAAGAGAGGGAAAUUCCGAUGGAGUUGCCGCGAGAUGAUAUCAAGGAGAUAACGAAUACUAUAAGUAACAUUGAGGAAAUCAUCCAGAGGUUUAGUGCACCUCUCAGUUCGGGUGGAACUAAAAACAAAAGCACUGAUGAUAACGAAAAUGCUGAAGUUCCAGUAACGAGUUAGAAUUUGAUGUGGUCAUGAAUUUUUAAGUCAUUAUAAAUGAAUUAUUGGCUUGGUUUUUAAAAUAUUCAUAUCAAGAUAUGAGUGGGCAUUGGGCAUGUUGCCAUCAGCGAUUAGUAUAAUUAAACUGCGAGAAAGAUGCAAUACGAAGAAGUAUCUUAAGAUCUAAGAAUAAUGGUGCAAGCACUUCUUACAUUUUAUUCGUUUUUAUAGUAGUUUAGUAAUUUAUUUUGAUUUACUUCCGUUACUAAAGUUUAAUUUUUGUUUAUCUUCUUUGAAAUAAUUUCAUGCUC